AUGGCAGUGUAUUACUUAGACAAAGACGCGGCAGAAUGGUGGGAGAGUAGGGAUCACCAAGUAGGACAUAUGGUCACCACUUGGGCGGCAUUCAAACAAGAAUUUGAACGCAAGUACUUCACUCCUGAAUCUAAGCGAAGGCUUCAACAGUUAGAGAAUAGACUAGCAGUCGGUAACUACGAGAGUCUCACCGAGCUAGUGGAAAAGGCUGUGAAUGUGGAGAUUGGAUUGGAAGCUGAAAAGGCUGCAACUAAGAAAUCCAAGCAGCAUCAAGAAGGAAAGUAUGGUGGAAACCAAAGAUCUUUUAAGGGUAAAGAUAAGGAAAAGGAAUCGGGAGGGCCAAGUCGACGAUCUCUGUUCACAGGGAAAUGCUUUAAUUGUGGCAAGAUAGGCCAUAAGUCAAGUGAAUGCUACGGGAAGAAACCUGGAUCCUUUCAGUCUAACUCCUACAAUCCUACAUGUUUCACGUGUGGAAAGAAAAGGCACAUCUCUACGCAGUGCAGCGUCAACCGUCCUAUCCCAGCUACGCUAAUCACUGUCCAUCCUCCUCCAGCUCCACCUGCAAUCGCACCAGCGCCAAAAAGGAAAGCUAUAGGAGGUAGAGUUUACGCUUUAGAACUAGAGGAUACUAAACUUCCAGGUCCAUCUAAGGGUCCCAUCACAGGAAGUUUACAUGUUGCGGGACAUCCCACACAUGUAUUGUUCGACUCGGGGGCAACACAUAGCUUUGUGGCCCCUGAGGUAGCUGCCGAAUUUGUGGGUUCAUUUGUGAUUGACAGGAUGGAUGUGGCUGUGAUGACUCUCGGAAACCAAACCCUCCAAGCAAAAGAAUGCCUCAGAAGAGUUCUGUUAGUCAUUAGCGAGAAGAUGUUCUUGGCAGAUUUGUUGGUGGUGCCCUUAAAAGGAUAUGAAGUUAUCUUGGGCAUGGAUUGGUUAUCAGGCUAUCGGGCACAAUUAGAUUGUGGAAAAGGUCGUAUUUCGUUCAAAGAGAACGGGCAACGGCAAAUAGUGUUCUACGGGAUCAGUCCAAGCGAGUCUGUGUCUUUAGUAGCUGCCUUGAGAGUGGAAGAUUUGCUUAAGGAUGGAGAAGCGUAUCUGGUAACAGUAACUGCUACAUUAAAAGAGUUACCUCCACCUCGGAGUAACCCUUUCACAAUUAACUUGGAACCUGGAGCUAAGCCGAUAGCAAAGGCUCCUUACCGCAUGGCACCCGCAGAGUUAGCAGAGUUGAAGAAACAACUUGAAGAUUUAAUGGAGAAAGGUUUCAUAAGACCUAGCUCUUCACCAUGGGGAGCUCCGGUCUUAUUUGUCAAGAAGAAGGAUGGUAGCAUGCGACUUUGCAUUGAUUAUCGAGAAAUCAACAAUAUCACCAUCAAAGAUAAGUAUCCUCUUCCGAGGAUAGACGAGUUGUUGGAUCAGCUAAGGGGAGCAAGUUGGUUUUCGAAGAUCGACUUGGCGUCGGGCUAUCAUCAGAUUCCAAUAUCAGAAGGUGAUGUCAUGAAGACUGCGUUUAGAACUCGUUAUGGACAAUACGAGUUCGUAGUAAUGCCUUUUGGACUUACUAACGCACCGGCGGCCUUCAUGAGAUUGAUGAAUGAAGUCUUCCACGAUUAUCUCGACAAGUUCGUGAUAAUCUUCAUCGAUGACAUUUUAAUAUAUUCCAAGACAGAGGUCGAGCACAAAGCACACUUGAAGCUAGUGUUGGAACGGUUAAGAAACCAGAAGCUGUAUGCCAAGUUCAGCAAGUGUUCUUUCUGGAAAAGAGAGAUCGGGUUCUUGGGGAACCGUGUGUCUGGAGAAGGAGUUUCCGUAGAUUCGGAAAAGGUGAAAGCCAUCGAGGAAUGGCAAAGGCCAUCAAUUGAAGACAGAGUGAUUGCUUAUGCAUCAAGGCAACUCAGGAAACAUGAAGAGAACUACCCAACACACGAUUUAGAAAUGGCGGCAGUGGUGUUUGCGUUAAGGAUUUGGAGAUCUUACUUAUAUGGAGACGUCGUGGAAGUAUUCACAGAUCAUAAGAGUCUCAAGUACUUGUUCAUACAGCCUGAUUUGAACCUGCGACAAAGGCGAUGGAUGGAGUUUGUGGCGGAUUACGACCUGAAGAUUCAAUAUCAUCCAGGCAAAGCUAAUGUGGUCGCAGAUGCACUAAGUCGUAGAAAGUUGGUAUCUGAUAUUGGAAAGGAAGUGGAAGCGCUAUCAAGUGAGCUCAAGUUGAUGAGUUUAUGGGCAAUUCAAGGGGAGCUAAGUGAGCCUUUAGGCAUACGUGCCGUAAACCAGGCAGGUUUACUCGCACGGAUCAGACAGGAGCAACAACGUGAUGAAAAGUUAAAAGGGAUCGUCGCAGAAGUUAAAAAUCAAGAAGCUCCAAACGCAAGUGGCUAUCAUGUGGCAGCAGAUGUCAAAGUCGAGCAUCAGAUUCCAGGAGGAUUGUUACAAAUAUUACCAGUACCUCAGUGGAAAUGGGAUUUCAUCACUGGGUUACCGCCGGCUCGAGGAAGAUCAAAUAAUGCAAUAUGGGUGAUUGUCGACAGACUGACGAAGGUGGCGCACUUGUUACCUAUGAAAGAAACAGAUAAGGUAGAAGUAUUGGCAGAGAUGUAUGUGGAUCAAAUUGUGAAGUUGCAUGGUGUGCCAACAGAUAUAGUCUCCGAUCGAGAUCCUAGAUUCACCUCAAAUUUUGGGAAGGCGUUACAAGAAGCUGUGGGAACUAAGUGGUUCAUAAGCACCGCGUAUCAUCCCGAGAUGGACGGCCAAACCGAAAGAACCAUUCGCACCAUAGCGGAUAUGAUGCGGAUGUGUAUAUUGGAUUGGGCGGGAAGCUGGAAAAAACAUUUACCAUUAAUCGAAUUCUCCUACAACAACAGCUUUCAUUCUUGCAUAGGUAUGGCACCAUAUGAGGCGCUUUAUGGGAGGCCAUGCAAAACACCUUUAUGCUGGACCGAAGUUGGAGAAAGAAGAGAGUUUGGACCCGAAAUUGUAGAAGAGAAAAUGAAAUAG